AUGGUUGUCAAGAUUCGAUUUGCGCGAUUUGGCCCGCGCCAUUCGCCAUUCUACAACAUCGUCGUUGCGCAGGCCAGAUCUGCACGAGACUCCAAACCCCUCGAAGUCGUCGGAACCUACAAUCCUCUACCACAAAAACCAACCAACUUGUCCGAGGAAGAAGCGAAAGUCGCAAAGGCAUUCAAGGAAAUUUCCAUCGAUCGAUCGCGAGUCAAGUAUUGGUUGGGUGUUGGUGCGCAGCCAACUGAAUCUGUGUGGAGAUUGCUGAGCAUGGCUAUCAACAUUCGGAUCUGCGACCUAGAAAGGCUACAUGUAAAGGCGCCAGAAGCCCGAGGCCUCGGCCGCAGUGACCAAAUCAGACAAUCAUCGAUCACGCUUACCAAGUUAUCAGACUCCAAGAUUACAGACAUGGCUUCCUCAAAUACCUCUAAACCAUUCCAUACUGAGGUUGAUCUACGCUACACUGCCCUCCUACUCUCGGAUAUCCAGAAUGAGAUCCUGGCACGGUUCCCUGCGGAUAAACGAGAGCAAUACCUCAAGGAAGUAGUAUCAUUAAUCAACCUCUUCCGCAAAGACAUCCAUCAGCGACGCACAGCGCCAGCUGAAACAAAGGAAAAUGCGAGCGGAGCCUACGUCGGGAUUCCGCUCAUCAUCCAUCAUGUUCUUCCAUAUGGAUAUAACAACAAUGCAUUCAUCUCGCCAUACAACAAACUAUCAUCCUGGGUCAAAUCACUCCAGGAAAGAGGCCUCUUCACCGUGACGGAGAAAGCGAAGAACCCGGAAACACCGGUAUACUCGAUCCCCGAGGCUCUCUACCCGCAGGGGCCGCAGGGAGGCGGCUUUGGUGGCUCACACAUCGACGAGAUCCUCUUGCCCAAGUUCCAAACUAGCUCCUUUGGCUCGAGUGAUCUUCUCGGGUAUUUGCGUGCGCGAAGUAUCCGGCAUGUUGUGUUAUGCGGCUUGACGACUGUCGGCGCAAUUCUGGGAUCGGCUCGGCAUGGUGCAGAUCUGGAUUAUCAUGUUAUUAUUCCGCGAAGUGGAGUGAUGGAUGAUGAGGAUGAUGUUAAUGAUUUUGUCUUGCAGAGGAUUCUGCCGAAGUUUGUCGAUAUUGUUGAUAUGAAGGAUGUCAAGGAUCUGUUCGCGAGCGCCACGGACUGA